UAACUGCAUCAGGAAGUUUCUUAAUCCUUGAGUGCUCACAACACACGUGGCGCAUUCUAGAAGUCAAACCCCAACCGCACAGACAAGGAAACCCGAAUUGCAAUCCUAUCUCCAUCACCAACCCAUUCUCUCUGCUUCGAUUCAAGCAAAAAUCGAACGAAAGUCUCAAUCUUUCUUUCUGGGUUUCUAAUUUAUCAACGGAACUAGCAAAGUAAUGAUUAACUAAACUCUCUGCUUCCGUGGAUUCAGAGUAAAAGGAACAAUAUGAUUGGCUUGAGCAAGAAUCCUAAUUCCGCAGCAGCAGAAGUAGCUGUAUCUUCUAUACGGAAACUCCCCUUUCUGUUUGUGUCUGAAUCGUUUCCUUGUCCGAAGAGUUCGAGAAAACCCACGUUUCCUCCUUUAAGAUGUAGACGGAGAACAAAGUUGGAUUUGCUCUGCGAAAAAUUUAGAGUUCAUGCAUCAAAUGCUGGUGUUGGGUCUGGGAGCUAUGGUGGUGGUGAGGAGGAUGGAUCUCAAAGUAGUCCUCUUGAUCAGUCUCAUACCACUUCAGCAGAAAGCUUAAAACCUCGAGGGCCGUUCCCUUACACUUUAUCGAUAGCUCUUGUACUACUGAGUUGCGGUUUGGUGUUCUCUCUAAUCACAUUUGUGAAGGGAGGACCAUCAUCAGUUCUAGCAGCAGUAGCAAAGUCAGGCUUCACAGCAGCCUUCUCACUAAUAUUCGUUUCCGAGAUUGGAGACAAGACUUUUUUCAUUGCUGCUUUGUUGGCUAUGCAGUACGAGAAAACACUGGUUCUUUUAGGUUCAAUGGGAGCUUUAUCUUUGAUGACUAUCUUAUCAGUUGUUAUUGGGAAGAUAUUUCAAUCCGUGCCUGCUCAGUUCCAAACGACACUACCGAUAGGAGAAUAUGCUGCGAUCGCGCUUCUCAUGUUCUUUGGAUUGAAAUCCAUUAAAGAUGCAUGGGACAUUCCACAAGCUGAAGCCAAGAACGGUGAGGAAAGCGGUAAAGAACUUGGUGAAUACACUGAAGCUGAGGAGCUCGUGAAAGAACAGGCGUCCAAAAAGCUCACAAACCCACUUGAGAUCCUCUGGAAAUCAUUCAGCCUCGUGUUCUUUGCGGUAAGAAUCCGUUUACUCUUGUCAAGAACUUGUUUGCUUUUGUCAAGAACCCGUUUGCUUUUGUCAAGAACCCGGUUUUGUCAAGAACCUUGAUGAAACCAUCCACAUUAUGAUAAAUUUUGGUUCUUUUGAACUAAUCAGGAAUGGGGAGAUCGGUCAAUGCUUGCGACUGUCGCGCUUGGUGCUGCACAGUCUCCAUGGGGAGUUGCGAGUGGAGCUAUUGCUGGACACUUAGUGGCAACAUUGCUUGCAAUCAUUGGCGGCGCGUUCCUCGCCAACUAUAUCUCUGAGAAACUGGUGGGAUAUGUAGGUGGAGGACUCUUCUUAGUUUUCGCUGCAGCCACGUUCUUCGGAGUGUUCUGAGUUAAACCGUUAGCCCUAUAGGAGAAGAAGUAGCGGCUGAGGCAAUUCACAAGCCUUACAGUAUUCUAAUGCUUAGUUCUUUAUCAGACCAAAGAAUGUGAGCAAUAAAACACAGACCCUUCUUGAUUGUGCUGUUUGUUGUGUAAAAUCGUAUUCUUUGUAACUGUUUCAACUUUCAACAAUAUGAUCACAAGAAGGAAAAACAUUCUCAUUUAACAAUGGUCUCAUACAUUUUCACACACAUUCAUUCACAUGAUUCUUAGUAUUUCAGAUGGACAAUGAUCCUCAACAGCAUCUCUGCUCCAUCAACAAAGUGUUGCCCCUCAGGGAUCAACGGCCUAACCUCCGCGAACCCGCAAGCGUUUUUGAACCUUCCGGUUCCUCCGGUGACUGAAAGAUGCGACAUGGCGCUUCCGAUCCUAUAGAUUCCAUAGAAAUUGAGAUUGUCAUUGUACUCACCACCUUCAAGCAUAGCUGUAAAAGCCAACAUCUGUGUGCUUCCAUCUGCUGAGCUUGCAACAUAAACCCCCUGAGCCUUACCAAGUGGCUGAGAACCCAAGUCAGGACCUGAUGUGAUUAUGUCAUCAAUCACUGUGAUUGUUCCAAACCCAAGACUUAGACCAUCAGGACCUAACUGUGUCUGAAUCCCAUUUAGAUUCUGACCGGAAAACGCUGUACCGGAUAAACCGGUACCUAGAGGAAUACCGUUGAUACCGUUAACCGUUGGCAUUGCGCCGUUUGCGUUGGGUAUGGCUACACCGUUUUCCGGUGGAACGAAACCGAUCUGCUUAGCAAAUGGGACUUGGCCGUUGUAGAUGUUUCCUAGUAAACCGGUUAUGGGUCUUGCCGUGGGACUGCUUCCGCCGAGUAUAUCGUGCAUGUACAGUUCGAAAAUUGGGUCUUCGGGUACAGGAUCGAGGGCGGUUGUUGCAAUAAAAAAAGAAGCAACUAUGAGAAAGAUUGAUGUUGAAAGUGAGAAUGGUGAAUGUUUCAUUUUAGAGAAUGUUUUUGUUUUUGGGAUUCUUCUUUGUUUUGUUUUGUUUUGCAGGAAUGAGUUGAGU